CCUCACCAGCAAGACGUGUGACAAGCAAUUCACCAGAUGCCAGAUCUUUUCCGGCGUCCCUCCUUCGAGUCAAGUCUUCCAGUGCAUCCAUCUCUUCUUCCCGUUCCCGAAAUUCAUCGGAACAAGACUUCCAAUGGACCCUCUUAGAAAAAUUUCAGAUCACCUUCACUCUGAAGCAGUCAGACACAGUGGUGGGUUGCCAACCGUUAUGGCAGUUAGUGGAGUCAUCGCCAUCGGAACAACAAGAGGACUAGUUUUGGUGUACGACUACUCGCAAAAUCUACGCUGCAUUUUAGGAGAUGAGUCGCAAUCAAAUGAUUCUGGUCCAGUGACUUCAAUCGCCAUUUCCGCUGACCAUACAGCGGUUGCUUGUGGAUACAGUCGAGGAUCUAUAGUAGUAUGGGAUCUGGCUUACCCAAAUCAGCCUGUGCGCAAAAUCCACCCAAUAUCGUAUAGUCAGGUACCAGGUGUGUCUUCUGGCGGAUCUCAACCAGCACCAAGAAAAGAAGGUCAUAUACAAGAUGCUGCUAUCCUGCAUAUUGGGUUUGUUGGCUUAAAGAAGACAGAAAUAGUGUCUGGCGAUGAUCGAGGCAUGGCUUUCUACCAUGUGCUCUACAAGGUUGUUAUGGUAAACGCAAUCGAAACUACCAGAAUUUUAGGAAGAUACCAAAAUUUGUCAUUGGAAAGUGCGUCCGCGGGUAAGCUUACACAACCUGUUGCCGGAUUGAGCUCUGAUAGUUCUGCCGCGAAACCUAAGCGACCCAGCACCGUCUUCGCGAUGCAACCUUUACCACUUGGCCAGGCAAUGCAUAUUGCAGAAACAUUCGGCUUGGUGGCCCUAUUAACGCCUUAUAAGAUGAUCAUUGUCGGGCUCAAACCCUCCCCACAAACGCAAUAUAAAUACGUCAAACCGAAAUCGUCUACUCACUUUCAUCACAAUCCAAUUAUAUCCAAGGGUCUAGCCAAUGAGCAGCCCAACGCACCUCUCGAUUCGACAUCUGAAAGUCUCUCUGGAUGCCUUAGCUGGCUGCCUGUUAUGAAGCUUGGUGGAGUCAAAUCACGUCAAAAUGGCAAAGCCGAUAAAAAAGAUGACGAUAACAAAUCCGAUCCAACACUGGCUUUCUCUUGGGGCCAGCAUCUCAUAAUUAUUCAGGUAGCUGUAGAAUCGCAACUUACCAACAAGUCCAAAGACCCAAGUAGGUCCAGUGUUGUGGCAACCAGCAGUCGGAACAAAUACGGGCGGUUAGAGUUCACUAAAUGUGGUGAAUGGAGAUGUCGUGAUAACAUCGUUGCUCUUCAAUGGAUAAAUCGGCAGAUACUCAUUAUCCUGACCUCAAACGAUAGCAUGAUCGUAUUUGACCCCAAGACAAUGACGGAAACCGAACGUGUAAACAUCAAGUCCAAGAAACUGGUUUUCCACGAUAGUUUUACAACGGCUUUGAAAGAUCUCGCCCAAGAGACAAUGACAUCUGAUGCUAAAUUUACUUCUUCUGGUGACGAAAAUCACAGUGUUGGCCAUCGUAUAAUAGAAAUGGCAUACCACCAUUCCUUACGAAGUUACAAAGGAAGAUUGUUUAUAUUGGGCGUGGACCAUAUUUUUAUAGGAACCUUGUUAUCCUGGGCAGACCGUAUCAUUGCUUUGGUACAAUCUGGUGACUUUCUCGAAGGCAUUGCACUGGCUACCUCGUUUUACGUUGGAAAAUCGACACAAACUGUUCUGGGUUUGCCCGAAGACGAACAUGCUCGACAUCAAAUCGUCGGUGACAAACUACUCGAAUUACUCAAUGCGUCCCUCAAUUAUACCUUUUCAUCGACUCGAACGUAUGAAGGCAUGGUUGAUGAGAUGUCUGGCGGUGGAAGCGUUUUGUUUCACGAUCUCGCCCUAGGAUGCACCGAAGCUUGUAUUCGUAUGGAUAACCAAGAGUUUUUGUUUGAUGUCGCUUACGAAAGAUUUGCCGAUGCUGGAGUUAAAGGUGUAUUCCUUGAAGUUUUGGAGCCAUAUAUUCUACAAAACGAGCUAUGUGAUUUCCCACCGGCGAUAAUGAAAGACUUGGUGGCACAUUAUAGCCACAAGAGGUACUUCACUCGAUUGGAGAAUAUCAUUUGGCACGUCAAUCCACAAUGCCUGGAUAUCGAUCAAGUCAUCAGUACCUGUCAGCGGGAAGGACUCUAUAGCGCUAUGAUUUUCGUCUGGAAUAGGAGCAUGAACGAUUAUGUCAGCCCUGUUGUGGAAUUGCUGAAGGUGAUUCGAAUGGUAUUGAAAGCUGAAAGCUCGAAUACCGCGGAAACGACGGGCGCAGAAUACUUUCUUCGACUUCACUCCACAGCAAGCAAUAGCUUUCCAACCGUUGCAGACGUUGCUAGUGCCACUAUCAAAGCGGAAUCUAUGCGGGAAGGAGCUGAACACAUUUUCAACUACUUGAAAUCCAUCCUUACGGGUAGACUCUAUCCAGAUAAUACACCUCUGCCUUCACAAGAAUCCAAUGUGGCAAGGAGCGCAGUGUAUUCAUUUAUCUUCUCUGGCCGAUGUGUCGUUUGGCCUCGUAUGGGUGGAAAGCUUAUUUUGACUGCUGAGGGCGGCGACGGAUCAUCUGAACCAACCUAUCCAUACCUACGUCUGCUACUUCGCUUCAAUGCGGUCAAAUUUUUGGAUGCUUUGGAAGUAGCAUUUGAAGACCCGUGGCUUAAUGGAAGUGAUGAUAUGUUAAGCUCCGGAUUUGAUGACGAAAUGCCUGGCAAAGUUGUAUCACGGCAAAUCAUUAUCAAUACACUUCUCGAUGUUAUUGGCGGUACAAACUCACCACCUGCUCCAAGACCCAACCCUAUACCUUCUAUAUCCGCAUCCACUGUCAAGUCCAGCGGCUCCGAUUUGAACGGCAUAUUGAAUAACAAUCGUUCCGUAAAACCUACGCAGCAACAUCAAAACCUGAUAUACUUGUAUAUAUUUAUCUCACGCAACUUGCACAAGUACACAACCUUUAUACUACUUCCACCGACUAUUCUUCAUCGAAUAUUGAGAACGUUAGCAGAGGAGCAUGAUGCAGCUACCCAGGACGCUCGUGAACAAGCAGUGCAGAAUCUCUUGACUGUAUAUACCCCAACUGAAGCAGAUCAAAUGGUAUUACUGUACGAAGAAGCUGGGUUCUGCCAAGUACUUGAAAAUAUCUAUCGACGAGACAGCAAAUACCGAAAAUUGGUGGAAACCUACAUCAAAGAUACCAAGCACUUUGCCACGUUAUUCGAAUCGAUCGAAGAAUUGAUUGACGUUAAGAGUAAAUUGACGGAUAGACAAAAGGCAGAUGUGCGACAAGCUGUACUCCUGCGCAUUCCUCGACUUGUUGAAAUUGACGGUCAAAAAACAGCAGAGUUGGUACAACGCUACUUUGGUGGAGACCAUGAAGAUAUGCUAAGGCGAUUGGAGGAUGAGCAAGAAGUGGAUGACGAAGAAUCACGACUAGCGGUUGACCAACAUGUUUUCUUCUAUCUACGUGGUCUAUUAGAACCUGAGGUACCCCAACCUGACCAAGAUGACACGGCUGCAGCUAAACCAGUCGACUUUACGGCUGUGCUCGAUCAAACCUGGCAAAAGAUGGUACCUGAUGUAGAUGCCAAACUGCAUGAGCGCUACGUUGACCUCAUGUGCCAAUUUGACCCCUCCGGUGUUUACAACUAUCUCAAUACUACUUUGGAUGUCAGCUAUAACCUCACUACUGUCCUCAAGAGCUGUGAAAAAUACGGUGUACUCGAUGCCGUUGUCUGGAUUAUGGAGAAAAGCGGUGAUCCACAAGGCGCUCUCACCAAAGUUCUUGAUAUUGUCAGAGAGCAAAUAACUAUUGUUCUUAACCUUCUUAGACAGCACCAUUCUACGAAUGCGCAAGAAGAUUUACCACCAUGGACUUUGACAGAGCAAAAUAUCGUCAGUGAUUGCUUGACCAGAAUUCGAGGUGUUUUGCGAGUGGGAACACACCUCUGCGAAAACAGUAGUCGUAAACUGGCUCUCGCCAAUAGCACAGUCGUCUGUCAAGAUGAUAACCAAGGCUUUGCGUCGCUCAUGAUGUUGACUUCUCCAUCGACGCUGACGCGGCAAAUCAACUCGAAACAUUCCAAUAGUGCCACUUCAGCUCCUUUCUUGUCACCUAGAGCUUUUGUUCAUAAGCCUAAUGCCGAAAAUGAGAGUGAAGAUCUUUGGUUCAAACUAUUGGAUACCUACGUUGAAUCAUCUAUCUCUGUUAUCGCAGCCAUCGGCGGUGCUAUCAAGAAAGGAUCAUUAGAUCGUCAGCCUAUCCAUAUGCCUUCCAAUUUACACGAUUCCAUUGUUUCAUCUUUCAAGUCGUUCGUUCAAUCUAUCCUAACCUCGUUGCUGCUAUCAACCUCUUCACCCCAUGUAUCACUUCCGCGCUUGCUCCUGCGUUUGAUACAAUCUCAAGCAAAGGGAGAUACAACGUUUGCUGACUUUAGAGAUAUAUUCCUCGGAAUGCUCGACACCUACAAAUACGAAGGCCAUCUGCUGGAAAUGACCAAUCGAUUAUUCGAGCAAGAUUUAUUUGUAGGAGUACGGUCGGUAAUACAGAAGAAAAGCAGAGGAUGGCGACCUCGCCGAAUCGUUUGUGAAAUAUGUCAUCUUACGUUACUGGAUCUAUCUAUUCUUCAAAAACCAUUCGCCUUUGAUGUGGAUGACAACGACGUUGCUACAGACCAAGCUCAUCUAGCUUUGGAAGGUGGUGAACAAGGCGAGUCUUCGACCUCUUCGCGUGCUCCCGCUACUCCAUCCAAAGACGGCAUUGUUUUGUUCCGUUGUGGACAUGGCUACCAUCGAGCAUGCUUGGAGAUGCAACUUGGUACUAAUCCACUUAUAAACUGGGUUUGCAUGCAAUGUGAUCAAGUUAGCGCUGUUGCCCGAGGUAAACAACCAGUCUCAUAAGAGCUUCUUUCUUAGUCUACCAUGCCCUUUUGUUUCUUCUCCAUGCAAAUGUUUUUGUACCUUGUAUCCACCCCCCUUCUAUGCAAACUCAUAAUAUCCCUAUCGCUCCCCCGAACAGACAUGUCUUGUACAUUUGUCAGUUUCUAAUAGAUGUAAUC